UGGCUGGAGCGUGGCGCGAGCCCUGAGUGUCGGGCUCGCUGACUGGGUGGUUGCUUGUGGCGCGCAGAGGAGCUGUUAGAGGCAGGAGCCGAGCGUGUCCUGGGCUGAGUGUGUGGCGGGGUGUCCGCAGCACCCAUGAUGUGGAGCAGUCACGGUGGCUUUGAGAGUGGCUAUGGAGGGUCUGCAAUUAGUGGAGGAUACACACAGUCCCCAGGGGGGUUUGGAUCUCCUGCAGCCACCCAGGGAGAAAAGAAACAGAGAUCCCGCUCCCAGAAUAUUGUGCCAUGUACAGUGUCUCAGUUACUUGCUGCUGAGCAGAUUGAUGAGACGUUCAAGAUCCGAGAAGUAGAGAUCUCACAGGUUGUUAUCAUGGGAAUAAUCAGACAGGCAGAGAAAGCACCAACCAACAUCCUCUACAAAAUAGAUGAUAUGACUGCAGCCCCGAUGGAUGUCAGACAGUGGGUUGAUACUGAUGAGGCAGGGAGUGAGAAUGUUGUGGUGCCCCCAGGAACUUACGUGAAAGUGGCUGGUCAUCUUCGAUCGUUCCAGAAUAAAAAGAGCCUGGUAGCAUUUAAGAUCAUGCCUCUGGAAGAUAUGAAUGAGUUCACCACACACUUAUUGGAAAUUGUCAACGCACAUAUGGUCCUCAGAAAAAGCAUCAUGACAACAUCAAAAAUGCCUCCGUCUCUGGGCUCCUUUGGGAUGGGUGAUAUGGCAAGCUAUGGAUGUGGCAGUAGUGUGCCAGUGAAUGGACUUACAGCACAUCAGAGUCAGGUGUUAAAUUUGAUUAAAAGCUGCUCUGAUCCAGAAGGCUUGAGCCUGACGGAGCUGAAAUCCCAACUACAUAACAUCAAUAUGAUAACAAUCAAGCAAGCGGUUGAAUUUCUUAGCAGUGAGGGACACAUCUAUUCCACUGUGGAUGACGAUCACUAUAAAUCUACAGAUGCUGAAUAAAGGUGCUUCUGAGAGUUGCCCUAUCUUGCUGGGUUUGGUUCCAUGCAAGCACCAAUUUAUGCUGUACUUACAGUACUAUGUGUACAUAUCUUAAAGUAGCUCUGCCAAGCUUUUCUCUGCAGAAGGUGAUCUCUGCUACUUACAUCCCUUGAAAGCAGCAGCUACUCUGUGAGCAUACAGAAUUCUCAAACCAAGAGCAGCAAAGUAAAUGUACAGUAUUCCCCUAACCAGACUCAAAUAAUAUGAGACCGAGUGACCAAAGCUUAACCAGGUGUUCAGGGGAGAAAUGACCUCCAUGUGAAGAACUGGAAGCUUCAGAGCCUUUGUUCAUCUAGUAUCCAUCUCAUAUAGCACCACUGGUAAGGGGGGGAGAGAGUGGGUCUGCCCAGCCUCGUCACUGGCCGAUUGUUCUGAAAUGGCUUCUCAGCUUGGCCAGCCUUCAGCCUGUUUAAUUCAUAAAGGUGGGUUAUUCUUAGAGAGCCUGGCAAGGUACAGUGCUUAAGAAUAGUUGUCUACUUUCUGCACUUCUUACAUCUAUAUUUGUAUUACAGGAUGAUCCUGUUAAUGAAACUUUUGAUAUUCCAAUAAAGCUUUUUAAUUUGGGUUAAA